AGCCCAAUUCCCUCGCCCCUCCCACUCCGUGACGCAACUUCCGGCACUUCCUGCUCCUUCCCCCUGCGCUACUUCCGCUUCCGCCGCUGCGCAGUGGGUGGUCCCAGCCAUGGCGAAUCACCUGAGGUUCGUGGGCCGAACCGUGAUGGUCCAGAACGAGAACGUGGAGGCGGCCUACGGGGUGCUGAACAGGAUCCUGACCCAGGACGGGCUCAUCGAGGAGAUUCGGCGCCGCCGUUACUACGAGAAGCCGUGCAGGCGGCGGCAGCGCGUGGCCUACGAGGCGUGUCGGCGGGUUUAUAACGCGGAAAUGGGGCGGAAAAUCGCGUUUUUGGGGCGUGUGAACCGUCAGGACCCGUGGCUGGGCUGUUAGGGGCCGGAAAAACCC